AUGGAGAGGUCUCUGGAAUUGGCCAACAGGUCCAUCAGCCACAGCUUUAUUCUGCUGGGCUUGUCCACCAGGCUGGGCGUCAGGGACGUCCUGUUUGCCGUCUUCCUGGCUCUCUACCUGCUGACCCUCCUGGAGAACACCCUCAUCGUCUCCCUCAUCUGCAGCCACAGCGAGCUCCGCAAGCCCAUGUACUUCUUCCUGGGCAACCUCAGCUGCCUGGAGAUGUGCUACGUGUCCGUCACCAUGCCCACCCUGCUGGCGGGACUCAGCUCCAGCCCCUGCCAAGUGCCCUUCGCAGCCUGCAUAGCUCAGCUGUUUCUCUUCAUCUCCCUCAUGGCCACCAAGUGCAUCCUCCUGGCCUCCAUGGCCUAUGACCGCUACGUGGCCAUCUGCCGCCCUCUGCACUACCCGCUGCUCAUGCGGCCGCAGGUCUGCUGGGGCUUAGCCCUGUCCUCCUGGCUGGGGGGGCUGCUGGUCUCUGCGGUCAAGACCUCGUGCAUCGCCAGCCUGUCCUACUGCGGCCCCAACGUGCUCAACCACUUCUUCUGCGACGUCUCCCCCCUGCUCAACCUCUCCUGCACCCACGUGGCCCUCACGGAGCUGGUGGACUUCAUCUCCGCCAUCGUCAUCUUCUGCGGGUCACUCCUAGUUGCCCUGGCCUCCUACGUGGCCAUCGGAAGGGCGGUGCUGCGCAUGCCCUCGGCGGCCACAGGUCGCAAGGCCCUCUCCACCUGCGCCUCGCACCUGGUUGUAAUGGGCAUCUUCUACACGGUCGUCCUCUUCAUGUAUUCCCGGCCCACCCACAUCGAGUCCACCGACCUCAACAAGGUGCUGUCGGUGGUCUACACAGUGGUCACGCCCGCCUGCAGCCCCAUAGUCUACUGCCUGCGCAACCGGGCCGUGCGCGCGGUGAUGCGCGGGGCCCUGCGCCCCCACGCAGUCUCGCGGGAACUGCAGCCCACUGGCGCGCGGCAGUGCAGGGUCAAGAGCACAGGUGCAGGCUUCAAAGCAGGUAGUGACCCCGAGGAAGCAAGGAAAGCCAGAGGAAAGUGGACUGAGCACUCCCGCUGA